AUGGUCGACCGAUCACCAUUCGUAUUCCAUGUCGGCCGCGGGCUGGAGGAGCGAAUUGCUUUGCGCGAGAGAGUCCUUCGUGGCCCCCCUGACGGAAAACUGCCCCACAUAGGCCCGUCUCAUUCGCCGGGAACCUCUUGGCGCCGUCUCUUUGCCCCAUCUCGCACCCUCAAGCCUUCAGAUGUAUUUCUCAAGUACCUGCUCCACGAGAAUCUACAUCUUGAUGCAACGAUUUUCGAUGCGCAUCCCGAGUACCGACUACGUGUCUACCCUAUCAGCCUAUCAAUCCACCUACCUGAUGGCGAUGUACACACGGAGACGGUGCCGAUGAAUCUCUCUCUCCCUGAACGUUCAGUAUCCAACCAGCGACAUGUUAACCAAAUAGCGCCAAUCAUGCAAAGGGGAAACAGCAGUGAGCGGGAGAAGGGAAAAACCAAGUGUUGCGCCAGAAGGACCAUUCGUCCUACGACCAAUUCACCGUUCGCCUCGUCGACCAAUCUUGCUCCCCACCUCUGCUCCCAAGCAUCCCCCCUCGCCGUCCCAUCCCACCCCAGUCCCUACUCGUACUUCAUGUUCCGCCUUAUCUCCUCUUCACCUACGAAUACUCCAGAGCGCUCCUCUAGUAGCUCACUCGUCCUACCUUAUCCGCCUGACCACUUUCGGGGCGUGUCUCCUCGCUAUUUGCUCGCCUCGUUGCUUUUUUUUUCUCUCCUCAUCCUCUUGCUUCAUAUUGCCAACCCACCAACACCACCUCUUCUUUACUCCCUCCCCUUCCCAACUUCCCCCCAAAUCACCUUCGCUCCGCAGAAGAAAAAAAAGACAGGAGCACCAUCGUCUUUGACACAUCGGCUACCGGUUUUCGAUAUUCACAUUGGUUCCAGGCCUUCACUGAGCUAA